AUGUAUAGGUCUGCAAAGUUACGUGGACUAACAUUAUAUGUCUGUGAGAAUGAUCAGUGCCACCAUAUAUUACCAGCAGCUACCAAUGAUGCUUGUGUCAUUGUCGAAAGAGUCCCCGAAUUUGCUUGCGACCAUGAGGAGGCUGACACAAGAAUGCUGCUGCAUGCAUCACAUGCAACGAGAUACAACAAUGUGCUGGUCCGCAGUCCAGAUACCGAUGUGUUUGUCUUGUUACUACAUUUUUCUCUCACUAUUCCAGCCAAGUUAUAUUUCCUAACAGGAGUGAAAGAUCGUACCCGAAUACUUGACAUGGAGUAUAUUGUCCAGCAAUUAGGAGCAGAAAAAUGCAAAGCAUUAAUUGGAUUUCAUUCCUUUACUGGUAAUGUAUACACAAUGCAUCAUAAGAUUAUAUUUACUGUACAUGGCCAUGUCUGAAGAGUUCAUACUUCACCCCAACCCACUAAGGCAUUUUUGUUAUCCAGCCUGAGGGCUGCUAUUCUUUUUAGUAAAAUAUGCAGCAAAAUGACAUGUGAAGGGGGAAAAAAUUAGUGUCAAAUAUUUUUCUGUGGGAAGUAUAAGUAAUUCUGAAAGGUUGCAAAUUUGUUAAUUUCUAGGAUGUGAUUCAACGAGCUCGUUUUAUGGUUACAGUAAGGUAUCUUCCUGGAAUAUCCUAUUGCAUGAUCCAACAUCUGUGGCUACAUUGACCUCCCUUGGAACUGAAUUUUCCUUUGAUGAGCAGUUUGAAAAGAAAAUAGAAGCAACAGUAUGA